GCCGCUCACCGCUAACCCAUUAGUGACAGCAGAUCUCUCCCGCUGCCUCUCGGACUGACUUUCCCUUUCCUCUCCCUCUCUCUCUCUCUCCCUCUCCCUCCUUUCUCUCUUAGAGGCGCUCCAUUCACUCUCCGCUCCGCUCGCCCGGGUCGUUGCCGCUGCUUUUUACUCGCUCGACUCCGCCGGGAUUCCCAAAAGUUGAAGCCAAGCGCCGAGCCGGGGCCGGGGCCGGGGCCGGGUGAACCAUGAGCGAGCUUGAAGGGGACUUCGCGAAGCUUUUGCUCUUCAAGGAUGAGCGGAUUAAAGAGCUGGAGAAGCGGCUGUCGGAGAAGGACGAGGAGAUCCAGGAGCUGAAGAGGAAGCUGCACAAGUGUCAGUCCGUCCUGCCCGCGCCCACCACUCACAUCGGACCCCGCACCACUCGGGCUCAAGGCAUCUCCGCCGAACCGCAGACCUACCGCUCUUUCCACGACCUCCGGCAGGCUUUUCGGAAGUUCACCAAAUCCGAAAGGUCAAAGGACCUAAUAAAGGAAGCUAUCCUUGACAAUGACUUCAUGAAGAACCUGGAAUUAUCUCAGAUCCAGGAAAUUGUGGAUUGUAUGUAUCCAGUGGAAUAUGGCAAAGACAGUUGCAUCAUCAAAGAAGGAGAUGUUGGCUCACUGGUGUAUGUCAUGGAAGAUGGAAAGGUUGAGGUUACAAAAGAAGGAGUAAAGCUGUGCACUAUGGGGCCUGGGAAAGUGUUUGGAGAACUGGCUAUCCUAUACAACUGCACCCGGACAGCUACUGUCAAAACUCUCGUAAAUGUGAAACUUUGGGCUAUUGAUCGGCAAUGUUUCCAAACAAUAAUGAUGAGGACUGGCCUUAUCAAGCAUACAGAGUAUAUGGAAUUUUUAAAAAGUGUUCCAACAUUCCAGAGCCUUCCUGAAGAGAUCCUUAGUAAACUUGCUGAUGUUCUUGAAGAGACACACUAUGAAAAUGGAGAGCACAUUAUCAGGCAAGGUGCUCGGGGAGAUACUUUCUUCAUAAUCAGCAAAGGAAAGGUAAACGUCACUCGUGAAGAUUCACCUGGGGAAGAUCCUAUAUUUCUUCGUACUCUAGGAAAAGGAGAUUGGUUUGGGGAAAAAGCACUCCAGGGGGAAGAUGUCAGAACGGCUAAUGUUAUUAGUGCGGAACCCGUGACGUGUCUUGUCAUCGACAGAGACUCUUUCAAACAUUUGAUUGGAGGCCUGGAUGAUGUUUCCAAUAAAGCAUAUGAGGAUGCUGAAGCAAAAGCAAAAUACGAAGCCGAAGCUGCCUUCUUCGCCAACCUGAAGCUGUCUGACUUCAAUAUUAUUGACACUCUUGGAGUUGGAGGUUUUGGCAGAGUUGAACUGGUGCAGUUGAAAAGUGAUGAAUCAAAAACUUUUGCAAUGAAGAUACUAAAGAAACGCCACAUAGUAGACACGAGACAGCAAGAACAUAUACGCUCAGAAAAACAGAUCAUGCAAGGCGCUCACUCAGAUUUUAUUGUGAGGCUAUAUAGGACAUUUAAGGACAGCAAGUAUUUAUAUAUGUUGAUGGAAGCCUGUUUAGGUGGAGAGCUUUGGACAAUUCUCAGGGACAGAGGUUCAUUUGAAGAUUCUACAACCAGAUUUUAUACAGCUUGUGUGGUAGAAGCUUUUGCCUAUUUGCAUUCCAAAGGAAUCAUUUAUAGGGACCUCAAGCCAGAAAACCUCAUCCUAGAUCAUCGAGGUUAUGCCAAAUUGGUCGAUUUUGGUUUUGCAAAAAAAAUAGGAUUUGGAAAGAAAACAUGGACUUUUUGUGGAACUCCAGAGUACGUAGCUCCAGAGAUCAUUCUGAACAAAGGACAUGAUAUUUCAGCAGACUACUGGUCACUGGGAAUCUUAAUGUAUGAGCUCUUGACUGGCAGUCCACCUUUCUCAGGCCCAGAUCCCAUGAAAACAUAUAACAUCAUACUAAGGGGGAUUGACAUGAUUGAAUUUCCAAAGAAGAUUGCCAAAAAUGCUGCUAACUUAAUUAAAAAACUAUGCAGGGACAACCCAUCAGAAAGAUUAGGUAACUUGAAAAAUGGAGUCAAGGAUAUUCAAAAGCACAAGUGGUUUGAAGGCUUUAACUGGGAAGGUUUAAGAAAAGGUACAUUGACACCUCCUAUUGUACCAAGUGUUGCAUCUCCAACUGAUACAAGCAAUUUUGAUAGCUUCCCUGAGGACAACGAUGAACCACCACCUGAUGACAACUCAGGAUGGGACAUAGACUUUUAAUGUUUUUCUCUUACCUGCUUCUGCCUUGCUGAAGACAGCUUCCUGAGACAUGGCUGCCAGCAGACCUGAAAGAUUUGGGAAGGAUUCAUGCUCGGGGUCACCACGAUGCCUUGAUUGAUGCUGCUACAGUAAUUACAGUGGCAUUAGGACUUCUUGUUUAGAUGACAAUAGUGCUCUUCACAUGUUUUCUGUUUGAAUUUAACACAGCAGUUGACAUGGUGGUCCUGAAGCGAAACUUUUUUCACCAAUAAUUUACAUGUGUUUUCUAUCAUGGUACCGAACAUGCUAUGCCUCCAUUACGAUUUGAAAGUUCAUAGAAUAAGAUGCACAUAAUUCUAGCUGUUAAGUUCCUUUUCUUUAUUGAUAAAUAUAUUCCAAGCUGUUUAAGUACUGUAGCUGAUUCUAUGCCUGUAGAAUCAAUGGUACAGUAACUGGGGUACCCCCCCAAACUGCAGGUUGAGUGCAUUGAGCCUCUUAAAGAAGGCCAAUGUGUUAAACUAAGGAGGACCAGGAAAAAAAAAUGGAGCUCAUGUCAAAGCAGUGCUAUAAUUUGUCUUUCUUUUCAAGCAGUAUACAAGACAAGAAUGAAUGUUACCUUUCUCCAUUUUUAGUUCCGACACGCUUUUCUUCCCAACUGAUAACAGAAGCACAACUGCUACACUUCCUGCUAAACUGUUAGGCAAGUUUAACAGAGGAUUAAGUCAGUCAAUCCUCAAAUCAUAUGUCUGAGAACUUACUUUUCAUCGUUUCUUUUGUGGAUUACAGAUGCAUAAGAUCAUGUGAAAAAAAUGUUCAUAAAACUAUUUGUUUUACGUAUAUACCAUAACCAUCUUUUAAAAGAAAAAAGGAAGAAUGCUUAUUUCAGAGGUCCUACAAAACAAAAUAUUAACCAAACUGUAAAUAUUAGGCCUUUACAGUUACUUUAAAAUAACAGUCACAUUGAGAGCCCCCUGUAGUUGCAAAAUCCACUACAUUAUUAUAUAGGUGCUAUGUACAUCUUUCAUCUGUGAAAGAAAACAAACUUCCACACUCAUUUUUUCAGAAAAAAAAGAUGUAGCAAGAAAUUUCACUAUCAGUUAGAACUGUAUGAGUGGAUGAAUUCCUGUGCACACUCAUACAUGGGUGAUAUAUAUAUAUAUAUACAUAUUUUUAAUGCUACUGUGCAGUACUGCCCUCACUUUGUUUUCUUUUCUAUUUUUCCCACAAAUAUAUCCCACAAGUAUUUUAUUUAUUUCCCCCAAAGAUAAUUAGUCAAUCUUUCUUUGUAAAAUAUAACUCCUACAGAUCAGUCUACAAACAUGGAACAAUGUAAUUGAAACAGGAUGCUUCAAUAUGCCCUUCCUUUUAAAAGGAAGAUUAAAUUUCACCUUUAAAUAUGUCCUGUUGAAGUGGCCAAGUCUUUAAAUGGGUCCAUCUAAAUUAUGAAUUAUAUCUACCAGUUAUGAAUCUUUUAAUGGUCAGUGCUACAGACUAAUUUGUCCAUACUUGUUAGGGGAAUUCAACAUGUUCAGAGGACAGAAAUGUCAAAAAGGCUAUUAUAGAUAACAAUUUUCGAGGCAAUUCCAGCAAAGACUUCCAUGUAUCAGUACGACUUUGUUAGCAUUUGUCAAUAUGCUGCUGAAGUAGUCUUGCAUCUGUGACAGCUUCUUAAAUCAGUUCCAUAAAGAGAAAACCAACAGCCACAUUUACAGAGGUCCAUUUCCUUUGGAAUUCUCUUCAGAGUUUAAAGACUUACCCUUUUCUCAAAAUCCAGAAAUAAAUUUACACCUCUGGUUUUGUCACCAUGCGUUAAUUUAGCUUGCCUCCCAUUAUCUUUUCCCCGUAUGUUGCCUAAUACCAUUCUGUUUAUUUACUUCACCCUAUUCAGCAUUUGAAGUCCUAUUAAUGAGGAUUGAAUUCAGACUAAGUUAUUACCAUAUAUAGGCUAUAAUGCUAUUACAUUUUACUGGAAAUAAAUUCCACUGAACAUAAUGAUGGGCCCAUCUGAUUAGACAUGUGCAAGUUUAUAUAUUUUUUCCUCUGAAAUGUAUGAAAUAUGAAUCAUGACUAGCUUGUACCACCAUUUUCAGUGAUACCAAAAUUUAGCUAUUUUAGUUAUUUUACAAUGCAGUACAGCAUGUGCUUAGACAGAAGUAAGACCUACCUUGCUCAGCAGAACUUAUUCUGAAAUAGGUAUAUAUAGGAUUGUCUGGAUCUAAUCCAGUUUGCAUAAUUUAGAAUUUCCCUGUCAUUGAACAGGACUGUAAGAUGAACUUGAAGCGAAACACUGGCUGUUGAAUACAUUGCACUGGUUUAGCAUUAUAUCUAAAAUUGUCAAAGUUCAUUUUCCUCAUAAUUGAUACUUAGAAAUUAGCCCCAAAACAUCCAGAAAUGAAGCUCAUUGGCUACUUCCAAUUAUCAGCAAUUUAUUUCAGUGAAAAAAAAUCUCUCUAAUCUAAUACAUUUGAACACAGAAGUUUGAAGGAUAAAAAACAGAAAGAGUUGAUAUUAUAUUAUUAUAAUCUCUUCAUAAUAUUUUAUACAAACUUGUGGCUUCUUUUUAAGAUAUUUAGUUUUGGAAAAAAAAUACCAUAGUGUUGUCUGUUCCUAGUGAUGGCUUCCACCAAAAAUAAUAAUGAAGAACCAGCAUCAACCAGGACUGGUACGAUAUAAUAAAUCUGUCCUGGAAAUAACACUCUGCUUCCAAUAGACGUAGGACCAUGAGUAGGAAUCCUUGAUGUGGCAUUUAACAUCCAAUCACAUGUACAUCAAACAGCCUUACUAAAAGCUUCCAAACCUUAGUAAAGGUAAAUCUUUUUAAUUGAGCUUAGUUACUGGGAAGAGCAAGCAGUAGGCCACUGUAAUUUUCUGGGAUAUAUAUAUUUUUCCUUCCCUGUCUAAAAUAUAACCUGGUAUUUCAAUUUUAAACUUCACAACAUUGUAAGAUAGCAAAUCAACCUUUCCUCGUACACAGGAAGAAAUAUUGUUGGCCAUCCUCACAGAAUCGGAAUGACACCGUUUUUUCAUAAGCAGUGAGCAAAAUACAUAUGUAAUGUUAAGGCACAAGUCAAGCAGAGAUUAGAAAGCGUGAUGAUGAGAAUAACUAGAAUAAAUUAGAAUAAUAUCUGGCUGCGUAGGGAGGCAAAGGCUGUACAAUCUUGAAGAGCAGAAGUAAUCUUCAAUCUUGUCAGUCCAAAUUGAAAUUUAGUCUACAGAAGAAAAAAAGGAGGGGGGGGGAACGACAGGUAUUUUUUUCCUUGUUAAAAUUAACCAGACAUUUUCACCUCUUCUCAUAUCCAUGAAAUUAGAUUCAUUUGCUUGAAAGUGCAAGAAAGCAUAAACGUCUGGGAUUCACUUUCAGAAUUUUCUAUUGUCAGUUUCAUCAGAUAAUUUUUCACAUUCAUAAGGGUGCCUGUAGCUUGAGUGGAAUAUUCCAGAAAGAAACACAGCACCAUAGCUUAGUUAAUAUAACAUCAGUUUUCUAGAAGGACUCCAAGCUUCAUUUAUAGUUUUUUUUUUUUUUUACAAAUACACAUCAGUGAGCAACUAUACGAACACUACCCCACUUGUUAAUCACUUCUGCUGCUUGUUAGUCACCCAUAAUUAAUUGUAUAUAACAAGUCUUAACAAAAACACAUAAUUUAGAAUAUAAAUAAUGCUGAUUUUGCUAAUAGGGCUAAAAGAUUUCCAUAGUCAUUCUGGUCAAGUUUCCUUGUUUAUACAUUACACCUGAGAUCAUUAGACAAAGAUCUCUCUGCACUUCACCUCUAAACAAGUGAUGUGCCUACCCUGAAUCAAUUAAAAUCUAAAAUGUAUUCAUUUCAACUCUUGGAUUUUUCCUAUAAAAUAUAUAUAGUGGUCUCCAAUCUAAGCAGUUGCAGUGCUAUUAGGUCGUCCUCAAGCACUCAGCUGACAAGUAGUCACGAGUUUUAAAAAAAUAUUUAUGCAAGAAAAGUUGCAGAAUGAGCGUGGUAUGAAUUAUUAUGCUUGAUUCCUUCCAUUUUGUCCUUGAACUGCACUCAAUAAUAUAUAAUUGGUGUGGUGUGCACUUAAUAUAAAUUUAUUUUGUCAUAUGGCUCACUUGCAUCUUCUUUACCAAAUGUAUUUUCAAUAACUUAAACUAGCAUAUGUAUAAUAGCAAACCCUGCAUUUAUAAGUAAUAUAUUUUAUUUACAUAUAUAUAAAUACAGAUAUAUAUCAACAUACAUGUUUAUGUUACAACGUACUGUCUUAGUCCACAUGUUACUCCUUCCAUGUAGAUCACACCAAAAAUGGCCUCCCAUAGUGAGUUUUCCAUCCCCAGCAAUAAGAUUAAGUGCUACUCAACAUGUAAAUUAGGGCAAUAAUGUUGCAGAUUUCUUGGUUUUUGCUGAACUUAAUAGGUGAAAUGGAAAUGCUAACUACACAUUACAGCUGGGAAUGGUAAACUUGUCAGGGCCGAAUUACAGGCUUGGCCUGGCUCAGUAGUAUGUGGACAACUUAUUAUUUAUGGCUAUAGUCCUCCGAUAAACUUACUCAUGAUUUACUUAAGACCCAUUGAUUUGGUACAUCUUGUUCCCCAAUAAUGCAUUUGAAAUUGAGACCUUGCUUUUCCACAAUGAAAGGUGCAAUGGCGUAUCUGCAUAAAAAUGAGUUUGCUAACAAAUUCAAGAUACACUGAUUUAGAACUAAGUUCUAAAGACACACAGAUGAACUGUAGCUCAACACAGUGCUGCAUUCUCCAUAGAAAAUUAUUUAAUGAUAGGACCACAGGCAAAUAUUUAUGUAAAUAGAUAUUUUUUCGUGUUGAUAUUUUAUGGUAUACAUAUAGCUUUUUCUUUAGACCUCCAUUGCAUUAUUUUCAUUUUUCUUAUUUGUAAGGUAAUGUUUUUAGAUCAACGUAGACUUGAAUUAAUGUCAUAAUUGUCAGUAUUACUGAAGUUUAUGUCAACUGUACCGUUGUCCAUUUGUCCCAUAGUUUAGAACAUCAUCUAGUUAUUUGGCAUUGUUGCAAGUGCCUUAAAUUCAUGGCAUCCUAUUAAAAAAAAAAAUACAAAUUUGGUGUUAUGCUGCAUGACCAAGACAAACACACCUCAAAAUGUUGUCCUUUCUUAGCUUGCUGCGUUUUACAGUUCUUUCGGCUAACAGUUUAUAAGCCUUUACUAUAUAAUAUUGAUGAAUUACAGAAAUGAUGACGUUGUUCUCUUAUUUCUGUUAUAAAUGUACCAGAGCUGUGUAUCUGUUAAUGAGAUACAGCAUCAUUUCUGUGAAAUGUAUAAAUGUACGUGCAGGUCAAAUUAAUAUAUGACAUACUAUCAGUCUGUAUACAGGUAUUCCUGUUUUGCUAAGGUGUGCAAAUUUUAAAACAGUAGUGCGGUAAAACUUCAGACAUGCCACAUUUUGUAAUAGAUUCCAUAGUAAAAAAAAUAAAAAAUUAAAAAAUCCAACCGGGCAUAUUAAACAAUAAAAUUGACAUCAUAGCAAAAAUGGGGAGGGGGAAGGAAAGAAAAAUCCUUCUGAUUGGAAAAUCAUUGACUGAAGAAAAAAAGGGGGGGGGAAUGAAUCUUGUUGCACCACUGAACAAAACAGGCCCCGUGCUUUCUCUGGGUUGGUUCCAGACUUAGUUACCUUUAGAGUACACCUUUAGAGUGGUGGGUUGCUACCGGUUCACCCCGGAUCAGGCAAACCGAUAGCGGCAGCGGGAGCGGGAGGCUCCACCCACCUGCCCAGACGUCUUUGUGCGUGAGUGUGCGUGCUACCAGUUCGCACGCCCCCACAAGCGAAUCGGUAGUGACCGAAAUUGAAACCCACUACUGACCCAUUCCCAUCAAUGGGAUUUACAGAAAUUGUAACUUCCAUUGUUAGCGGUAUACGCAUAGCUGGCUUAAAUCUGAAAGCAACCCUACGAUUUUAUGUAUAUGCAAACUGUUUCUGAGACACCUUCUCGGUAGUAUAUCUAGAAAGUGAUACACUGAAAGCCUCGUCCACUUCUCUGUGAACGGUCAGCUCCAAGCCCUGAGACUUUGACGUUUCAGGCUUUAAUUGCAAAGGGAAAUUUGAUUCAGAGUUGCCUAACUAAUGUACUUAUUCCAAUGUAUGAUGUUUUUACACACGGUGGUUUCCUUUAUAAUCCUGAUGGCUCUUUUUCUUCUCCAUAAGGAUUCUACACGAAGGAGGAGGAGUUAAGUUUUGUUUGUCCAAGAAUAAUACACUUUCAUCAAGUGGUCUUUGACCAGUUGCACUCUUUUGAUGUAGACUGAAAAAAAAAACAAAAAAACCUUUUUAUCAUGAAGUUAACUGCUUUUGUUUUGCUCUGUAUUUUCCCUGCAGCUGUAAUUGCCGAGUGCCUGUUGUAUACUUUAUAGAGUUGAAAUAAAAAAAAAUUUACUUUUGAA